UUAGCAUCUGGUUCUCUACAAGAGAUCGAAUUUCAAUAUCAUCAUUCAAGUUUGACAAGAAACAGUACCUCCACAUUCAUUGUUUUAUUUUCUUCAAGUACAUAAAAUCUUUCCCAUCGUUGUCAUUUCCAUCUUCUGAAACUGCAACAAUGGCAAGUAGAAGAGAAAGAUGCAGCUGGUGCGGUGUGCAGCUACUGGUGCCAGCAGAAGCUCAGUCCAUUAGAUGUUCCCUAUGCCAAGCCAUAACCAAGGUUCAACCUCAUGACCACCCUUUAGCUCAAGUCCGCGACACCAUAAACCAUGCAGCUACCCGGAUCAUUAACAUGGUGUCUACCACCGUGACCGGUCCAGUGAGUAGCUACGCUGGAGGAGGAGGAGGAGGAACAACAUAUGGCUAUGGUUAUUAUGUUCAACCUCAGCCACCAAGACCAGUUCUUUUGCCUCUUCCUUCAGCACAUGGAAGAAAGCGAGCAGUGCUUUGUGGAGUGAGCUAUAGAGGGAAGAGUUAUAAGAUCAAAGGAAGUAUUAAUGAUGUUAAUUGCAUGAGGUAUUUUCUUGUUGAGAAAUUGGGUUUUCCUAAUGACUCCAUACUCAUUCUCACAGAAGAUGAGACGAGCCCAGUAAAGAUCCCUACAAAAGAGAACAUGAGAUUGGCGUUGAGAUGGCUUGUUCAGGGCUGUCAAGCAGGAGAUUCGUUAGUGUUUCACUUCUCAGGCCAUGGAUCACAGGUACCUGACAGUGACAUGGAUGAGAUUGAUGGGUUUGAUGAAACUUUAUGCCCUCUUGACUAUGAAACUGAAGGAAUGAUAGUUGAUGAUGAAAUCAAUGAGACAAUUGUUAGGCCAUUGCCUAAAGGGGCUACGCUUCACGCCAUUAUUGAUUCUUGCUACAGUGGAACCAUACUUGAUCUACCAUUUGUUUGCAAAAUGAACAGGGAAGGAUACUAUACAUGGGAAGAGCAAAAAUGUCCGCAAGAUAUAUAUAAAGGCACAAGUGGAGGCUUAGCUCUUUGUUUCAGCGCUUGUAAUGAUAAUCAAAUUUCUGUGGAUACUAAUGCGUUGGCAGGCAAUGCUGCAACAGGUGCCUUGACCUACAGCUUUAUACAGGCAGUGGAAAAUGAGCCUGGAUUAACAUAUGGCCGGUUGCUUAAUGCCAUGCGCCAAGCAAUUCGCGGGGCUAAAACUGGUGGGUUACGCCUAAGUGGUCCUAUUGCUUCUCUAAUAAAUAGAGCACUCUUUAACACAGAGAUAACUCAGGAACCACAGUUGUCUUCAUCCGACAAGUUCGACAUUUACGCCAAGCAAUUUUUACUGUAAUAUAUUGGCUAAUGGAUAUGGUUUGUCUAUAUAGAUAUUCUUAAUUAUAUGAUUGAUUUGAG